AUCCGCUGCUGAACGCUCCUCAUCCGGCCGCCGCAGCUUUACGCACGCCGCGCCGCUCUGCGCACGACCCGCACAGAAACAAACUGAGAAGUUUUUUUUUCCAUUUCGCUCCGGAUCUUCUGCUCCGAGUUCAGAUCUGGUCCGACAGCAGCAGGACCCGGACCCAAACCAAGGUCCAGCCCUGGAUUCACUACUGCUGAUCAAUGGACAGAGCCUCUUCGGCGGGCAGCAGCGCUACAGACACGCCGUGAACAACUCUUUCUCUCUGACUGGAGCUCCAUUGGGGGUGUGGAGGAGGAUGGAGCGAGGCGGGGAGAGUCCUGUCGCCCAAGGUAGUCCUGAGCGGAGGGGAGGCAGCCCAGACCUCAGCGGUCUCCCACCACCAGGAAAGAAGAGCCGACUGGAGCUCAACGGGAGCCCCACAGGCCCACGAAGUCGCCACAAUGGAGCCCCAUCUCGGCCCCUCGGAGGUCUGAUGAUCCCAGUCUUCUGUGUGGUGGAGCAGGCGGACGGAGGGCUGCAGGGCGACGGCUGCGAGGGAAGAGAGGAGCACGCUGAGUUUGUCCUCGUCAGGAAAGAUAUUCUCUUCUCCCAGCUGGUGGAGACGGCGCUGCUGGCGCUCGGCUACUCCCACAGCUCGGCCGCUCAGGCCCACGGUCAGUCAGAGAGUCAGUCUUUGAUUAACAUCCAGCCCAGAUGA